GUCGGUCUGCCACUGCUGCCGUGGGAUCCUCCCUUCACUCAGUCGUGCGUAUGCGCCGGGCACGAAGCAUUGGCCACAAAAGCGCUUGACACCCACCGGAUCGAUAGCUGCUCCCGUGUAUAGCCCAAAACCGGAUUCCUGCGGCAAUGUAAAAAAAUGGCUAGAGUCCUCCACAACUUGAUCAUAUUUUUAAUAAGACUCGCAUUGCAGAUCAAAGUUGUGGGCUACUGGUCCUUGAUCUACGGCUAUUGUGGAGUGUGCACCGCCGUAGCGCUGCUUAAACUUUGGUGGAGCAUCGUUCUGCGGCCGACCACAGUUUUCCACUGGGCAGUGCGCGAAACUCCCCCGGCUUGUUUGAAUGACACGUCCUUGGGCACGCAUUGUUAUGUUCGCAUCAAGGAAUCUGGACUUCGCUUCCACUAUGUUGCGGCUGGCGAAAGAGGCAAGCCUCUCAUGCUGUUCCUCCAUGGCUUCCCUGAGUUCUGGUUCUCUUGGCGGUACCAGCUCAGAGAGUUUAAGAGUGAGUUUCGGGUGGUAGCCAUCGACAUGCGCGGCUACGGCGAGUCCGACUUACCGCUGUCUUCUGAAAGCUACAGAUUUGAGCACUUGAUCACUGACGUCAAGGAUAUAGUGGAGUACUUAGGAUAUAACAGAUGCUGCCUGGUGGGACAUGACUGGGGAGGGACAGUGGCCUGGCUCUUUGCAAUUUACUAUCCAGAGAUGGUCACUAAACUCAUCGUCCUCAACUGCCCACACCCCUCAGUGUUCGCAGAUUACGCCCUGCGACACCCAAGCCAGCUGCUCAAAUGUAGUCACUUCUUUUUCUUCCAGCUGCCACGAUUCCCUGAGCUCAUGCUUUCUAUCAACGAUUUCAAGGCAGUGAAGGCUCUGUUCACAAGCCGCAGCACUGGCAUUGGAAGGAAGGGGCGCUGGCUGACAGUGGAGGAGAUGGAGGCCUAUUUGUAUGCUCUGUCCCAGCCUGGAGCUCUGACCGGAGCACUCAACUACUACAGGAAUGUCUUCAACUCUCUUCCUCUGAGCCAUAACCAUGUCAGGUCCCCGGUCCUCCUGCUCUGGGGUGAGCGAGACGCCUUUCUGGAGCAGGACAUGGCUGAGGCGUGCCGUGUUUACAUCAGGAACCACUUCAGACUCAACAUCAUCUCCGGAGCAAGCCACUGGUUGCAGCAAGAUCAGCCCGACAUUGUCAACACGCUCAUAUGGACAUUCUUGAAAGAGGGAGAGGGCCGCAAAAGCUACAGGAACUAAUUAUUUUUUUAUUUUAUUUUUUUUUUGUCUAUUUCUCUCUCUCUCUCUUUCCUCACAUUUACUACACUGGAUGCCUGGAAUGUGCCUGUGACUGUGAUACCAAGCUUAGUGAUAAUGCAAUUGUGGUGCAAGGGAGGAGCAUCGGAAAUUAAGGAGAUGCAUGCAGUUAGACACAGCAUCAGCACAAAGAAAUAAUUUUACAUACAAUGUCCUCAAAUUGGUUGCUUUAUAGACUGUUGUUUUGUUUUCAGCAAGUAAUUAUCUGGGUUUUAAUCUCUGAAAACACAAUCUUCAACAAAUGAAAACACAAACUUCAACAAAUGUCCUCAAACUUGCUGACUUGUCUUCUUUCUGAGCAAGGGUCUCAUUCUGUUGAGUUUUUUGACUGUUUUUUUUUUUUCUUGGCAAAUCCAGAAAAAUAUCUCUUUGUAUUAUUUAUACAGAUGGAUAUCAAACUGGUCUCCAUGCCUUCCGUCGCAUCGUGAGCCAGAACCAAACAUGAUCGUGCAAUCAGAUUUGGGUUUUUUGAUGCAUGUCAAACAUGCUUAUUGGUCAUUUACAAACAAAAUCAAAUUUCUCUCACCUCAGAUUAAUCAAGUUUAAUGCUUCUCUCAUUGGUUCUGUAGAAAUCAGUGAGGGUUUUCAGGGUUUUCACUUGUGAUGUAGUUUUUCUUUUUUCCUCAUAAAGAGGAAUUAUUAAAUAUUUGUUUUGAUAUGGACGGACCCUGUUGGCUAGUACGUUUGUCAAUCACACCCAUCUGAACUUUGGGAGAUUCACCAGUGACCAGACUCACAUCAAGUAUUAUUGGAGUAAUGUGUUAUCUGGAUUCCAGGGAAGCUCAUUUCCAUGUUAAGUUGUCUUUUUAUAGAUCGAAAACAUAAUGCAGAUAAUCAUGUACGAAACAUUUAUUUACAUACACAUGCUUUCUAAAUGCGGUCCCAGGACUAGGUUAUUAUCAAUCACGUAACAAUGAACAGGGAACUGAAUACAUAUUGCUAUGAGAGGAGAAGUUAGAGAGGUUUUUGGGUGCACAAGAUUUUUGUUUAUUUAGAGAUUGCACAACCAAACUGGACCAAUCAACUGUGAGAAAAGGCUACAUUGCAACGUGGAUAUAAAUUUCUCCUAUCCUUUCUCGCUUGUAAAUCUUUCCAUAGUGACAAAAACAUAGCUGUUUUGCCAUGUAGACUACAGCUUGAAAUGGUUAGUAGUUCAGCACCUAUAAUACUAGUUUUCAUUUGACUAGUUCACAAAGGCCGCAUCUUUUCAAGCCUUACAAUGCACUCAAACCACUUACUUACAUUUGAGCACAUAAUGAUAGCCACCAGCUUAAUUAAGAGUUUGUAAUAUAAUACUACAUAUUACAUAUGUUCCUACUGUAUCAUCGUGGCAUGCAUUUUCUACAUUUGCAGCUGAAUGACCCUUCACAGCUACUGUUCUUGCAUCCUUUUUAACAUAUGAUUUAAAAUUUUGGAGACAAGCACACUCACUGAACAGACAAUGAACGAUAACAGAAAUGUUUUUGCACAAGGAGACAGAUUAUGCUUACUUCUUGCUUUUAAAAGGCAUUUGCAUUGAUAUUUUUGUGUUUUUGCAAUCUUUAGCUAUUUGUUUUUCACUUUUAAUUUAAAUGGUUUGAUUUGCAAUUACUAAAAACAUCAUGACGCAUUUCUAACACAACAUGGCAGAUUAUUUGUAGUAAUAAUAUUUUUUGAAUGCUGGAAUAAUUAAAGUACUGUGAAAGAGCAUGGACUUUUAAAUUUCAGGCAUGGACUUUUAAAUUUCAGGCUUCAGUUACAUAUGCCAUUGACACAGAGCUCAAGAGGGAGAUGACCAAACCAAAUUAAAUCAAACACAAUACCGUGAAUCAACAUUAUAACAUAGUAAAAUGCUCAAAAAACAUUACUGUGCAUAAUAUGAUCUUAAUGACAUCCGCCUUAAAGUGUGUGGGAAACCUGUGGCUCGUACUUUUGUGGUGUGCCUUCUUGAACUUCAUGUUGAGAGUGAAUGGGCUUUGUCUGCUGUAGUUUUCACCAUUUUGCUCCAGGCUCAAUAUUGGCACUGUUGUUUACCAGGUGAUGUUGUCUGAAAAGGUAUUUAUGUUUUAAAAUUUUUCUUUCUAUGGUUCAAAUGUACUCUGGAUGUUGUUGUAGAUUUUCCUCGGUGGGGAAUCUGUGUUCACUGUGUUUAGAAUAUUUCUGGAAAUUUAGGGAAAUAUCUUUCUAAUUGUACAUCUAGGACUAAUCCAAGGAACAAUAAUCAAUGACUUUAUUAUAAUUAUUCAUUCUGUGUUUUAAAGGACAAACAUUUGUACAGAAUAGUUUGAGUUACUUUGACCACCUAUGAUUGGGGAUCAAAUUUGAAAUUAGACCACUUGUCUAUUUCUUAUAAAUGCCCAGUAUAGUCUUAAUAAGUUUUAGAUUUGUCCUAGGUCUGAUUUUUUACUUAUCUGAUGAUUCAGUGUACAAGGACUGUUUUGUCUUUGUUUAGUAAUACUCAACUUGGUUUAUAAACUAUGGUACUUGUAGUAAAAUUGUCAAAAUUUAAAUUGGUUUUACAUAAUAGCUUUAAUAAUGAAAACUUGUUUUCUAUUUUUACAGUGGACAUCAUGCUAAAGCAAUUUUUUUCUCAUUGUCUUCAUGUGGUCCUGGAUUUACAACUAAAAAGAUUUUUUUUUUUUCUGAAGUCAGAUACACAGUAAAUCACAUAGGGCGUUUAUGUGUAGAGACAUCAGUGCUGGACUUAUGUAACUAUUUUGUAUCACUGCAUUUUGGAAACUCAAGCCAGAACAAUGCCAUUUGAUUUUAUAAAUAAAACAAAGUAAGUGU